GCUCACAACGCCGCCUCCUAACCACAACCGAGACGCUGCAACAAGCGAGAGCUGAGAACUUCUUCUGGCUUCAGCCGACACUUCAGAAUGGACUUCCAGAUCUUCGCCCUGGUGAUGCUGCUCCUGGCCUGUGUGGAGCAGGGACUGGCUUCAUGUGUGGUGGACAGCUUCACCGUCAAGGAGGACUUCGACCCCGGCAGAUAUGCUGGAAAGUGGUACGCUCUGCAGAAGAAGGACCCCGAGGGCCUGUUCCUGCAGGACAACAUCUCUGCUGAAUACACAGUCGGCGACGACGGCUCCAUGGUGGCUUCCUCCAGAGGCAGAGUGACUCUCUUCGGAUUCUGGGUGGUGUGCGCUGACAUGGCUGCUCAGUACUCUGUGCCUGACCCCGGCACCCCCGGCAAGAUGUUCAUGAACUACCAGGGUCUGGCCAGCUACCUGUCCAGCGGCGGCGACAACUACUGGGUCAUCGACACCGACUACGACAACUACGCCAUCACCUACGCCUGCCGCACCGUGAAGGACGACGGAAGCUGCGAGGACGGCUACUCCCUGGUCUUCUCCCGCAACCCCCGCGGCCUCCCCCCCGCCAUCCAGAGAGUGGUCCGCCAGAAGCAGGAGGAAAUCUGCAUGGCCGGACAGUUCCAGCCCGUGCUGCAGUCCGGAGCCUGCUAAACUCAGCUGGACUCUCUUGGGCGAUUCUUCAUCAAAGUGGAUCAAAGAUCAAGCGUGAAGUGGAGACAGAACUCCGGUUAGGAUCAUUUUGUGACGGCCCAACGUCACGAGGAGCAAAUUAAUUGACGACUCCAAUCCGACGACCCUC